GAAACGUCAGCGAAUUCCACUAAUUUUGUGAUUCAGAAUACCUACCUAGAUUUUUGAGUUUAUCUAAAGAAAAUACAUUGUUGUUACUGAUUUGAACUACUUUAAACAAUAAAGCUAAGUUUUAUACUUGAGUUAUAGUGAAGAAAUGAAUAAUCCAAACAUGAAUUCGGCAACUCCCGGCGUGCCGCAGGUGCCGCUGCUCGACGACGACACGCUGGCCUUCGGCGAGGAGGACAACGCCAACAAGCAGUUCGUGCACCCGUACAUCGUGUUCUUCCACCUGGUGUUCCGGUGCUCGGCGGUGGUGGUGUACAUGCUGUGCGAUUGGUUCUCCGACUCCUUCAUCGCCAGCUUCGUGCUGGUCGUGCUGCUGCUCUCCGCAGACUUCUGGACCGUCAAGAACAUCACGGGUCGACUGCUGGUGGGCCUUCGGUGGUGGAACUACGUGGAUGACGCCGGAAAGUCGCAUUGGGUAUUCGAAUCUAAACAGAGCCGAGUGAACGCCAACGAGUCGCGGCUGUUCUGGCUGGGGCUGGUGCUGUGCCCGCUGGUGUGGGCCCUCUUCUUCGUCGUCUGCCUCUUCCGCCUCAAGUUCGAGUGGAUGGUGAGUGACACUGACUAUCACUAUCAUUUCAGACAAAGGAUAUCAUCAGCAUUUCAGCCACAGGACGUGCUGAACUAAAGUCAGAGCCCCGAUUACGG